GCUGUGAGUGGAGGUUGGUGACAAAAGUCGAUGCCUGACACCUGUUGCCUUCGAUUCCAGCAGUUAAUCAGUUAGCUAUUCAAUAUAUACAAAAGAAAGUUACUAACAUUUUCUUAACGAAAAUGAAAGAAAUGGAGAUAUCGAUGUAUCAUUUGUGUUCAAAUUCUGAGCAUCAAAUUUCCACCUGAUGGCUGAUCAAUGUGUUGAAAACGGAAAUGUGUUGAGAAUUUUUUAAAGUGCAACAUAUUUAUAGUUUGUUUCUGCAUUCGAGACAGAAAUGCAAGAUAGCUCCUUUAAUUAUCUGUUAUUUUUUAUUUGCCUGAAAAGUUGGAGCAGCUUUCAAAGCUCAAGUCUGAAUUUUUCGUUUGCUGAUUAAAUGAACUGUUUUUCCUCUUGCGCUAAGAUGACGUUCCCUGUGGACGCCAGCGAGCAGAGAAGAGCAAAUAAAAGGUGUACGCAUCCUCUUAUUCUCGUACUGCUGCUCCUACUAUGCAGUGUAGCCGUGGUCAGCUCACGGUACAAACAAAGGGUAUCCAGGGUUCAUGAUAAUCUUGUGACUGAAUCUGAUAACAUCUUGCAUGGUGUUGUUUUGAACCAACGUGCCAGUACGUCCAAAGAAGCGGUUUCUCUUCGUCGACAUGUUUUAGGUACUACCAAAGAACUAGAAGAUUUUGAUAUUGCUCCGUCAGAUAGAGAAGCAAGAUUGCGCUCCAAGGAGUUAAUGGUUGCAAUUCCUACGAGUGGUAACCUAAGUGCACAAUCAACAUUUAGAAAAGAAAGUAGCGAAGACACGAAGCUUUUACACCGUUGGGAGGAUGGAAGGGGUGCGUACUCUGAACAUAAUAGUGCCAGCAAUUUUAGAGAUAACUUAAUUUAUCACGGCUUGCCAGCUCCACCUGGCGCUGCUGUCGUAUUGUCACCCAGUACUCGUCCAGCUUCUUCGCAAAGAACGAAAAUCCUGCAAAUUAGAGAGUUGGAUGUACGAAAACAGCAAAGUAAUAACCACAAUAUUUCUGAGUCGAGAUCCAAAUUUUCAUCUACUCAUUCGUUCGAUAACUUUGAAGAAGAGAAAUUUACCAGUGACUCCGAUAGCAUAGGCGAAGAGGAUGAAAAUUGGGACAGCCUACUCACUGGAGGACAGGAGAUCGUUGUUUCAGAGUCCAUUCCAAUUAAAGGUCGUAAGCUGCUCUGGUCUCAGGGACCCUCGGAGCGAAAGCGUUCCCGUCGCUCAUCAAGUAGCCAGACCUCCUCCUCAGGGUCACCGCAAUGUGCCAACGCCAGCGAUCAUGGCACCCCUUCGGUGCACGUAGCCAGCAUCCGCUGGGACGAGAUAGGCGUCUAUUUCACCAUCACCGCCUUCGUCAUCUUCGCGGGGCUCGGCAAACUCGUGUUCCACAAGAUGCACUGGCUGUCCAGUCGGGUGCCGGAGUCGUGUCUGCUCAUCGUGCUGGGGGUUCUCAUGGGAGGGAUAGUUUUCCUCGCAAAGAGUUCAUCCUCAACUCCUUCUUGCCCCAACAUCGUCGAGUUCCCCAAGUUCACCAGCGAGGCAUUUUUCCUCGUGCUUCUGCCUCCCAUCAUCCUGGAGUCAGCGUACAGCCUCCACGACCGCUCCUUCAUAGACAACCUGGGCACCGUGCUUGUCUUUGCCAUUUUCGGAACUUUAUUGAACAUCUUCAUCAUAGGACCGUCCCUGUACGGGCUGGCCGUUGGGGGCGCCAUGGGCAGUAUCAACAUCACGAUGACAGAGACGCUGGUGUUCUCGUCGCUGAUCAGCGCCGUGGACCCCGUGGCGGUGCUGAGCAUCUUCCAGGAGCUCGGCGUCAACAAGGGACUUUACUUCCUCGUCUUCGGCGAGAGUUUGCUCAAUGACGGCGUCACGGUCGUCGUGUACAACAUGCUUGCUGUCUUCAUGGAUAUGGACAAAGUGGUGGCGAAGGAUUAUGUUCUCUCGGUGGUGGCCUUCUUCGUGGUGUCGCUGGGUGGUGCGAUCAUAGGAGUGCUCUACGGCUUCAUCACGGCCCUCGUCACGCGCAUCACCACCAACGUUAGAGUGGUGGAGCCCCUGGCGCUGCUGGGCUUCGCUUACCUCGCCUACCUCAGCGCUGAGAUGUUCCAUUUCUCCGGCAUCAUCGGGCUGAUAACGUGCGGGCUCGUCCAGGCGCAGUACUCCUUCCAGAACAUCUCUGCCAAGUCCUACACUUGCGUCAAGUACUUCACCAAGAUGGCCAGGUACUACCACUUCCUUACACUAUUUCAUGAAUUAUUUUACUAUAUCUUCGAGAAAUAUAUAAUAGUGACGCUGUUGCUGUCGGCGAUCGUGAACCGCUACCGUAUCCGCACCAUCGGCAUGUCGGAGCAGCUAAUCGUGGCGUACGGAGGGCUACGGGGGGCAGUCGCGUUCUCCCUCGUCACGAUGUUGAGUGACGAGAUGAUUCUAAAGCAUCAGUUCGAAACCACCACUCUCGUGGUCAUCCUCUUCACGGUCUUCGUUCAGGGCAUCACGAUGCGUCCGCUGGUGCAGUGGCUCAACGUCAAGAAGCACAGCUCAGACCGGCCGCUGCUCUUCGAGGAGGUCUACGUCAGCGUCGUAGACCACAUGAUGGCCGGCAUCGAGGAGGUCCUCGGCGAACACGGCGACUUCUACAUCAGGGUGCAGAUGAGGCUUAUCAACGAGAAGUACUUGAAGCGGUGGCUGGUGCGUCCGUCAUGCGAGGCACCGCUCAAGCGACUCUUUGAGAAGAUUGCCAUCACAGAGCACUUCGCACACCUGUACGGCCCAGCUGAGCUCAUCCAGCAGCACAACAUGCAGAUGUUCUCCAGCAAAAUGAAGCUCGUCGAGAACUCCAGCAACAGAGCUUCCGUGCAAAUCCUCACGACCGAGGGCCUCGACAGUGACGACGUCGAGUCCUUCAAGCUGCCGCAGCGCGAUCACUCGGGCUCUGCAAUACAUCGCAAGAACUCGUCGGUUAGCGUACUAACGGGCGAGGGAGAGGGCGGCGGCCUGAGGGUAGUUUCCCCUCUCUCCUCCACGGUGGACCUCAGCCCCGGCCGCGUGCAGGAGGACGCCAAACUCCUCAGGAGGGCCAUCAGCAGCAACCCCUACAACCAGCUUCACUAUACACACAAUCGCAAUUUAGUAAACGAAGACAAUCAAGAGCUUCAUCAUCAUCUUUUGCGUCGUCAAGCCACAGCGCGACGCAUGACGAGACUCGCGUCGAUGUCCUUCUCUCGUCGGCCCUCAGCUCUGGACGACGAGUUCCCUCUGCCUCCGUUGAACCCCUCCGCUCCUCCGCCGACCUCAUGGUUCUCUCCAGAAUACAUCAGGCAGUCGAGUCUGGUGCCCUCGAUCAGUCAGGGCGUGUCCAGCAGUCGCAAUUCUCUCGCCCCGGAAGACAGCGCACCGCUGCGUCGUCACGAGCUGCACAAGAGCAAGUCCUCCAAGAGCCGUCAUCAUCGUCAUCAGAAAGCCCCUCCCACAUCCCGCAUAACCUCGCUGCCUGGGGAGAUGAAUCCUCUUACUGAAGACGAAAUAGCGACCAUACCAGGCAGUGACGAGGUGGUGGAGCUUCUACAGAGGACGAGUGCCCUUAUAGAGCACGCGCGCCGUCGCUCUGUCUGGCGCCGCGCCAUGCUCAGAAAUCGCCUCGAAAAAGGCGCGUCGCAAGGUGAUGCCUCCGCCAGGAACUCCCGUUACUAUGACGCUCGAUCAAAUCCUUCUGAAGAGGAACACAGCAGGUCUGGUGAAGGGCAAAGCGGACCAAACCACAGUGGUGAUGGACCCGAAGCUGCUCAAGGAUACAUAGCCAUCGGGAUGCACUCUGAGGAUUCGGGGGGAAAGAUGACUGGAUCUUUGGACCCGUGUAAUGAGAAACUUGCAGAUCCACUGAUGGACCCUCCUCCUGGGCUUCCGAGCGGCGAAACAUUUCCUUUGAGGACUUUGGAGUCUCGUCAGCCAUCGGAUGACGAUCCUCUUCUGCCUGAUGUAGAGGACCUGGAUGCGGAGAAAUGCUGAUCACUUCACUCGGUUUAGCUAGAAAUGUUAUCCUGUUUUUUAUUCACGUUCUAAGGUAAUGUAAAUAUUUUACGCCGCAACAUUACUUUAAAUAAAUGUGGGCGGCAGCAUGAAAUCGAUGCUGUGAGACCCAGUGAUCCUGUUCUUUUGUAUUAAAGCGUAAACUUAUUCAAGGUACUGGAAUGUCAUCGGGAUUUACGACUCUUCCAUUUAGAGACGAUUGGCCGAUUUAAGGGCCUUGAUAAAGAGGAAAAGUUUUUUAAAGACGAUUCACCAUGUGCGGACAUUUUAUACAGUUUUUAUGACAUUUUAAGUUUUUCGCUGUUCUUAAUAUCUCCCAAAGGUAACCUUGUGUAAUCAAUGGUUACCAAGUUAUGCCAAAUAUUGCAUAAAUAUCAAUCUUGAAAGCUUGCUUGCUGGAAAGCUAAACAUACGACAUUGAAGAGUCGAGGAAAAUUUUUGUUGCAUCAUUACUAAGCAGUUGCCGAAACUUGAAAACUUUUUGCACGCUAUUUUUCUAAUGCUUGGCUUAGUUGUAGUUAAGUAGAAUUAUUUCAUUCCAGUAGCUCACACUCACCUCAAGUUUUGAAAUUCCUUAAUUAUUUCCUUCUUAAUCACUUUUUGCUCGCAAGAAAUCGCAUAACGCAACUGAAACUUUUUGCUGACGCAACGAACGUUGACGCAAGAAUUUACGUCAACCUCGCCUCGUAGUAGAGAAGGCUAGUUUAAACUUGCAUGCGUGUACUUUGAUGACCACGAAGGUGCGCGUCUGGUACACGACGACGAGGUUUACAAAAAAUUCAUUCUACGAGGAUUUAUUCGGAAAAACAUUGCAAACGUGGAAUUAAAUAUUUAAUGCAUUGAUUGAAAUUAUCUGAUACACUAUUUUCUGCAGAAGUUCAUUUAGUUCAUUCAGUUCAGUUCAUCAAUGUUCGAUGUCAAUGCAUCAUGUUUUAUCUACAUUUGAAAACCAAAAAGGCGGUUGUGUGUCAUGCCCAAGUAUUUUGACUACAACGUUCCGCAGGUCUCUUUAUUUCUUACUUAAUUGAGUCAAUGCUCGUGAGCCUCGAUUUUUAAUUUAAGAAUGGGUGCGAUUUAAGAUUUUUUAUACCCCUCUUCUAGGAGUUAUAGCUGACGUUGUUUAUUCGUGUCCAGUGAGUGUAAUAUUGUUCUUUUUUGUUGUAUUUUGAAUUUUGUUCUUUCUCAUCCAUGUCGUUCUCUCCGACAGCGCUGGAUAAUGGCUGCUCAGAAAUUAGUGUUCCUAAGUUCCAAUUUAUAUUCGACGAUUGUUUACUCAUGGCUCACGCAGCAUUGCUAACUCAUGGUCGCUGGCUAAUAAAAAAUACUCAAGUACGGUCCAAACAACGCUACUAUUAUAGACAAAACGUAAAUUUCCCAUUGGCAACCUUCAGUAUCAAAGCGUAGUUUAUAUGACGUUAAACGUAAAAAGAAACUGUAAGACCCUGCAAAUUUCGUGACUCAGAUUCUUCUUGAGAUUUGUUAAAUAGCGUCAAAGAAAUUAAUUCAUUCUGAAUCAGUUUGGAAAAUGGAACUGUAUAUGUUUUCAUUGGUUGUUAAUAUGAUAGCAUCGUUAGAGCUGUGAUGGAAUUCAUGGUUCAAUAUUAUCCUGUAUGAACAAAAUGAAUUUUGUUUAGUCUGAUGUUUGUAAAGUCAAUGGUUGAGAGAAUAAAUGAUCUAUUUUUCAAUUCA